AUGCUGAGCGCGGCGGGCCUAAUCAUCGUGCCCCAACCAACCACCAUCGAUUUGACAAACGUCUCGUGCCGAUGGGAAGCAUAUUAUGCAUCGUGGGUCUACUCUGGUCUUCCUCCGCCUCUUCCUCCUCCUGCUCCUCCUCUUCAUCCUCCUCACAGUUUCGACCUCGAUCUGCUCCGCUCCCGUGCCUUGUUUUUUGGUUUUAACCCUGCUGUGGUGAAGCCGACGUGCAAUUAUUGGAUGGGCCUAAAUUUCUCACGUUUGUUGAUUGUUUUGAGGGGAUCGCCCUGCCUCGGCUGUUGCCAGGCUGGACUUCACUGUAUUGUUUUCCCCCUCGUCUCUCGUGUUGUGCUGCCUGUGGUGUUGUUUCCAUGGUCAGUAUUUCACCUCCCUGGGCCAUCACAUCCGACGGGCUCGUCCUUUGGCUUCUGUAUCCCGCGCCCUCUUGGCGGCUACGGCCUGGGCUGCGCCAUUUGCCCGCCGCGCUGUGCGACGAGCAUCGUUGGACUCGUGCUUGCUUCAGGGAGGUCGCUCGCAGCGCGCGACCGUCAGCGUAGGGUUAACUGUUGGCCCCCUCGGUCCUGCCUCACGGUUCGCAGAGGAAGAAAUCCUCCUCCUCCUCCUCCUCAUCCUCCUCCUCUUCUCCCCCCCCAUAUGGCGACGUGUGCUCCUCUUCCCCCCAUAUCCGCAGACAUUCGCGGGCUAGCUUCCCGAAUGGGGGUGGGCGCCUGCGGGUUGGCCGUCAGAAGACGGCCCCGAAUAUCAUGCUUCCCCCGCCACGUCAUGAGACAAUCGUGUCAUGGAGGAGGUUUUUUUUUUGUCAGCCUUUACUUUGCGAAAGACGCUCGCUCCCUCCCGGUCCGACGAAGGGCAGGCGCCGCGACAGAUCCAUGCGGUGCCCAGCCAAAACGCGCUCAGGCUGUUGUGCUCGAUUUGAUUGGUGAGCUUGCAGGCGGCAGCGGCAACAACUCAACUUUUUGCGUAACGCAUGACAGAACCGAAAGGGACCUUUCGGCAAACUCCCCACCGCAGUGUUCACCCUCCCGGCCCCCUCCAUUCCGCUGGAGCGGCUUACCAACCUUGAUUCCGGCUCGAGACAGCAUUGAGUCUCAACUUGAGUGUCCACUCUCCAGGUCACGCACUUUUUCCGGCGGUGGCUGGCGGGGCGGACUGGAGCCGCCUGCACUGCGCCCACCCCCUCUCUAUCCCACCACGCGCUCCGCCUCUGCCUCCACGUGUAUGGUGUCAGCUCGGCACGGUGACCUUGGGAGUGGCAUGGGUCUCGGGGGAGGGAUCGGGGGAGAGGGACCGGCGAGUAGCAUGGCGGCACAGGAGAGGAACCUGUGGCCCAGCGACGUUUCACAGCACAGUCCGGGCGGCUGCGCAAUGCACAGGAGUCUGGGGAUGCAUUGUCCAGCGACUAGGCGUUCCUGCGAAUAG